AUGGUUACAAAUGAACAACGAGAACAUAGUGGGUAUUGGUUUAAUGGUGCAAUCGGUUUAGCCUUAAUACCUCCACAAUUGAUUCAAAAUACUUGGGUAGAUUUAAUGGAUAAUUUCACGCCUGAUACUGCUGGUGGUACUGCAUUUAAUGAUUAUAUCGUGUCAACUUAUAUUGAUUAUAGUUCUGCUCGUUUUAUAUGUGAUCUAUGGAAUGUUCAUUCCGAAAUUGUUGAACGUUUUCCACGUACCAAUAAUCAUGUUGAGGCAUUCAAUAAAAGAAUGAAUUCGAUUUUCCCAACUCAUCCUCAUAUUUUCAAUUUCAUACAAUGUUUACGUCAAGAGCACGAAUUUCAACAUCAUCGUGCAGAAGAAUCAUUGUUCAAUGUACGCAAACGUAAAAAAAUAAGUGAAAAUAUUGAUUCAAUGCUUCUAUUUCAUCUUCAACAAUAUACUGAUGGUGAUCUUACUGCUACAGAACUUGCUAUCAAGUGUGGAGAAAGUGUAAAAAAAAAUUGUACUAUUAAUCUGGGAAAAUCUCAUAUUGAUGACUUCGAACAGUUUCUUAAUGAUACAAAAAAACAUCUACCUCGCCUAAUUAAAUUAAUAGUUAAUUAUGAUCGAUUAACAAUUGUAACAGACAAUUUUACAAGAGAUGCAACACGGCUCCAUUGUGCUAGUGUGGAACAAUUAGUUAUUGAAAAACAAACAGAGCAUUCAAAAGAUUUUAUGUUUAUUUUCCUGUUGUAA